AUGCANGAUGUCUUUGAAACCGUUAGGAAACUUCCUCCGCGUUUUUUCAGUAUUCCAACUAAAGAUGGUCUGAGAGUAUUACGUCGUGGGAAAGAGCUUUUUGUUGAGGACAGCGUGUGUUGUUCUGUGAAGCAUGGAACUUUACUGUUGGACACAAGCAAUUCCGGAGCGCAGUUUUACAGUAGUUUGCUUAGCGUUAUUGGUGUCUUUGCUGAAGUAAUCUCUGAGUUCAAAAUGGCUAAAGAAACAUUUUCAUUGCUCAUCGAUUUCCAUCAACAGUCAGCUUACACUAGCCGUAAGCGCGACCUCGGGGCUGCUUACAACAACACAGGGUGCAUUUUACUAAUGCUGGGGGAGUUGGAACAGGCAGAGUACAAUUUUAAGACGUCUUUGAAUUACUUGGAAUCGGCCAAACAACGUUAUCAGCUACACAUUCCGUUAUUGGAGACAAUGUGCAUUGCAGUAAAUAGCAACAUUGGUCGUUUGCAUCAGCUUUCUAGGAAUUAUUCCAAGGCUCUUGAGAAGCAAGUACAGUUGGUGGAAACCUGUAAAACUAAAGAAGUAAAAGAGUUACCUCUUCAGGUUGUGUUUACAUUGCUGAAUAACCUGGCAGUGCUGUAUACCACUCUUGGGAAAUUCAGCAAAGCAGAGCAGGAGUUGAAUUGGAUGUUAUCGUACUGCUACAAAAUGCAAAGAGAGGACUGCGAUUUCCUUCUCAACUUGGUAGCGCUGCAUCUUUCUGAAGUAUUCUUGUCUCAUGGAAAACCAAAGGAAGCAGAGAAAGCGUUUAGGCUUGAUGAUGACAUAGACUUUGCAGAAAUGUUUGGAGGACUACAUAUCAAUGUACGUAUUGAAACAGUUGAGAAGUUGGUAGACGUGUUGGUCCUAAAGGGCAAAAUCAGAUUUGCCCGUGAAAUUCUCGACAGAGGUGUAGACACUCUCAAGAACAUUUUUGGACCGGACCAUCUUAAUGUUGCCUUGCUGUUGUAUAAGCAAGGAAAAAUUCUAACCCUCGCUGGUGAGGUCUCGAACGCGGCGGAGAAAUUCAAAUGCUCUAUUGGAAUCUUGGAAGAGAUAUUCGGGAUAAAGCAUCCGCUUCUUCUCAAGUGCUACAGGUCUGUGGGUGAACUGGCUUUGAGAUCGAAACAACCAGAUGAAUCGUAUUUUUACUUUCAGAGAGCCAUGGAAAACAUAGAAGCCAUAUACCAAGUGUCAUUUGUCAAUCAGUUGUCCAAGACGUAUUUAGAAAUGACGAGCUCCAACACCUUUUAUCAAAGCAAGAUGCUAGAGGAUACCUGGAAGAUUGAAGGUCUAGUUGCUGAGCAUGGUGUGGUAUUGGCAGUGUUGCUAUCACGACCAGUUGUCCAGAACGACAACCCUCCUUUAAGAAGAUCUAAAACCAAACUAAAGCAGCCUUUUUCUACAAACAACAGGGACGUACAAUGCCCAGACUCCAAGGAGAUAGUUUCAUUCAAAUAUGCAAGUGAUUUCUUGCAGACUGGUCAGAUAUUCCUUCGUCAAAGAAUGAAAAAAGAAGCUGCUGCCUUUUUCCAGCAAGCAAGGAAGUAUUCCAUGGCAUUAGACGCCACCCGAGGUCCUGCCUACGCAUGUGUUACACGUCUGUACGACGUUCUCACCGAAAAACGACUCGGAAACCGAGAAACAUUGGAAAAUAAACAUGAGAUGUUUAAUUGUCUGAAAGAGCUUAAUGAAGUCAGCGCAAAGAUCAGCAGUGAGAGUAGCUCCAAAAGAUCAACUGAAGCAACAACAACAACAGUGGCAACAGCAACAGCAACAACAACGGCGACAUUUGAUGACCAGCUUGACAUAAAACUUGUGCUAAUUUUCCUCAUUCUCUUGUCUUUUGAGAUGAAAAUGAUCGAUACGACGUUCGCGGCGUAUGACCUGUAUUCUAGAAUUUCUCAGAACGAAGAUGGAUUUUUACAUGUCCUCAAUGGCGAAGUUCAAGUUUAUGCAUCGAAAAUAUCAAUCACCUGCAACGGGAAAACUGCCCUGCAAGACGUCCUUGUCUCUUCCACGGUUGGUUUGAAAGAAAUUGACUCGCAACGGCCCCACCCUGACGACGAGUUAUACAGACGUUUAGCCUUUAAGAAGAAUGUGCCAACUGACAGCUUUCUGGUGGCUUACACUUCACCUGUCUUUCUGGAUAUCGAGGAUCUGCGAGCACUAGACAGAAAGGUAUCACUUUCAGUCCAAGAGUGCUUUCAACAGAAGUGUUUUGAAACUGGAGUUGAAGACAGUGCGACUCAAGUUGUUGUAGAUCUGACCACGGCGACGUCUACUUGUGACCACCAUAACGUCUUGUUAACUGUUAGUCGUAUUGAGCUUUUGUCUCUCUGUUUGUUGCAAGAGGCCACCUGUGAAAUACCUCAAGGGGGAAAUAUUUCAGACAUCUCCACGGCGAUGUCCCAGGAGACCGUUCGCUUGACCUUCGAAGAUGAGCAAACGAGCUAUUUCAUGUUUAGCAAGAAUGCUCUUUACCUUCUUCAGCAGUGCAGUUCUGGUAAAAUUUCAACCCUGUCGGUACAGCAUCACUGCCUUUCCUUGACGAUCACCCACCCAGUGAAAGCGCGCGUUACGCUGUGGCGCAAGGACAGAUCCAUCAGUCAAAAAGUACGGUUCGUUCAAACAACAACAAGGCAUGACAUGGCAGGCUGGACAGUGCCUCGGCAAAGGUGCUCUGCAGAGUUUGCUGUAGCAGAAAGGCUCUUUCUNAACCGAAGAGACGAACGAGAAAGACGCGAUGGACAAAAUGAGCCCCUGGUAAACAAAAAAUUUUCUCAAGCCUUCACACUUGCCAGUGUGACAAAAAGAGAAACAUCAAGAUCAUCAUUUAAUGUUUACGACGACACUGUUCCCGACGGACCCAUGGGAACCUUCAACGGAAUCCAUAACAGUUCGAUUGAUCUAGUGGCUUCAAGAAACAGAGAUGUUGUCGACGGGCCUCUGAAGAGAGUCGGAAAUAAUCUCCAAAUUCAAUCAGGCUUGGUAUCCGAAAACGCAGACGGAAUGUUGACUUCUCGGAGACAAAUUGUGGACGAGACUAACUGUGAAGAAUUACAUCGCGGUACACGAAGAAAUGAAAAAUUACAAGCAUCCCAGCAAAGCGGAAAAAACACAAGUUUCCGGAAUUCGCAGCUCGCAUUUCUGGGAGGUGAUGUUCUUGUUGACGGUGAUGCGACAGGCUCGCUCCGCGAAGAAGACAAAAUGGUAAAUGGUCCUGCUCUGACAGGCGAGGCGUUCACGACAUGUCAAGAUGGUACCGAGAGGAUCCGUGAAAAUGACAUGAGACCAUUUUCGUCGAAUGCUGCUAGAGAUGAGGUCGAUGGUCGAGUCUAUUCUCCUAAGAGCGAUGCUAACGUCAAUGAUCCUCCAGGAUUCGGAGGAGCUAGACCAAAAGAAAUAUCACGAAACUCAACCAGAAGAAAUUGUUCGAGCAAGACAAAGAUGUCUGAACCAAUAUCAGCUUAUCAGCACAACGAAACGGGAGAAAUUGGUUUAAAGCCUGGCUUUUUGGCACGCCAUACCGUGAAGAGUAAUGGAGCAAUAUUGGAUUUACCUCCGCAAGACGGUUGGGAUAAGCCCUACUUCUCCGCCAGAGCUUGUGAAAAUAUUACCUAUAGCGACCACCUGCGAUUACCGGGAGAGGGAAUCAACCCGCCUGGCUAUACAUCGAGUUCUAGUAGUCAAGGCUUAAAUGCACCGGCAACGUUUGCAACUAGAACCUCUACACGAGGUAAUGCUCAAUCACUUGCCAUCCACCAGAAACCUUCACUUAAUCAAAAGGAAAGUUGGCAUUUUCCACCUCUUGAAAGUCCCAGUUGUGAUCAAGGUUUAUGUGCAUAUGUAAGUCAGCAAAAUGCUUCUCUUGAAGCACUUUUUGGUAGUCUUGGAUCAGGAACUGCUUACGAUGAGAUGGAUUCCAUGUCGAAUGAAUACCACAACAGCAUGGGGAACGUUGACAAUAGAAUGGUCAAGUCACCUGCAGUGAGUGAUGGUCAUCAUUCUUCAUCCGUAGAUUCUACGUCCUCCCUCCUCGGCAGUCUUCAACAGAUAAUGUCCAAAACCGUCAACCUUAUUGCUUCAAGUAAUGCUGUGGCAAAGCAAUCUCAAAAAGAGCCAAAAGAAGCCGUUAAACUUAGUGUACAGGAAGAAGCAAGAGGACGCAGAGAACAGGAACGAGCCGUAAGAACAGGAGCCGAAGAUUCAAGCAAUCAAGAGGAAUCUACACAGGACAAUGAAGAAACCGACAGGCAGCACAUACCCACACCAGUACAGGAAACUCCGCGUCCUGUCUGCAGCCACUACCAGCGCCGUUGCUUGGUCCGUUUUCCCUGCUGUGAGAAGUUCUACCCUUGCCAUCGUUGCCACAACGAGUCGAAAGACUGCAGCAAUGAUCAAGCGAGAGCCACUAAUGCUACUCACAUACGAUGCACUAUCUGCUACCAUGAACAAGUGGAACAGAGUGAAACUCUUAGAAACAACUUAAAUGCUAGCAUUCUGGAAAACCUAACGGUCGUCAGCGAGUUAUCAAGUCAGCUCCAUGAAGAUGUCAUACAAGAAGGUGACGAUGAAUUUGUGGCGGACGCACACAGAGUAGAUGAAAGUCGUUCGCCCAUUUCUUCUCAAAGUCAAUUCGAGCAGGAAGUCACUUCUAGUGACUGUAAUCCCCAGCCAUCGACCUUAAAUCCUAAAGCCAACAUACAGAGCCGGAAUUUAUCGCUGGAGGCUACAAAUUUGGCCGGUGAAGAAGUGACACCAAUGACUCGCGAGACAUAUCCCAUGCCCAGAGAAGAAGAAGAUGACAACCUGCUGGGAAGAAGCCUUUUUGAAAAGGAUAGAGACUCAAGACGUUCCUUGGUAAUUGAGUUACACCACGAAAUUUCCAGGAAGUCGAAUGUAAUGAACGAGCAAGACGGUCCUUCAGGUGAAGUCACACAGCAAGUUGACAACAGUGUAAUUGAUCUCCAAAAUGCGGGAAAAUGCCAUGUGACCUGCUCACCUAACCAAUUAACACGCAUGAACAUCUCUAACAGUAGUUUUGAGACGUCUAAUCCUGAAGCUGAAUUACGGAACCAAAAUUUGAUAGAGCCGCAGUCAAACCAAGGCCUAAGAGAUGAUGAAAACACAUUGGAGCGACAUCUCAAUGAAAAAGACGGAAAAUCGAAAGGGGCUUCCACUGCAAAGUUAAAUGGCCCAAGGAUGGCAGAAAUAUUGCCCACAUGGAAUGAAAAAGUUCAUGAAAAUGAAGACUCUACAGAAGACCAAGGUUUUAAUGAAAAUCAACAAUUUGAAAGCUCUCCCGUUCCCGGACAAAGUAGAAGAAUGGCAAAAGACGAGGUAAAGCAAAGCCUCACUGACGCUGCCAUGGAUGAUUUAAUUACUCACGGUGGAACAGGGAAUACCACAUGUCUUUCCUCUACUCAUUGUCAAACACACCAUCUACAUGAUGUUCAAAGGAAGACAAAGCACACCAUACUUGAGGAAGAAAGAGAUGACACAAUUUCACCUAUGGAAAUAAGGGAAGAAUACAUUUUUCAGCAAAGAGACGAACGAGAAAGCAGCGAUUGUCAAGACGAGCUACUGGUAAACGAAGAUGUUUCUCAAGUCUUUACACUUGCCAAUAUGGAAAAAAAAGAAACAUUAAGAUCAUCGUUUAAUGUUUACGACGACACUGUUUCCGACGGACCCGUCACUGACACCUCCAACGGAAUUCAUAGCAGUCCGAAUGAUUCAAUGUCUUCAAGAAACACAGGUGUUGUGGACGGACCGUUGAAGAGACCUGAAAAUAAUCUUCGUGUUCAAUCAAUAAUCUUGCCCGAAAACGCAGCAGGAAUUUUGACCUCCCGAAGACAUUUUGUGGACGAGACUUGUUAUGAAGAAUUACAGCGUGGUACACAAAGAAAUGAACAUUUACGAACAUUCGAGCAAAAUGGAAAGAAGGUAAGUUUCCGAACUCCACAGCUCGCAUUUCUGGGUGGUGAGGUUCUUGUUGACGGUGGUACGACAGACUCGCUCCGUAAAGAAGGAGAAAUCUUAGAUGGUCCUAUUUUAACACGCGAGGCGUUUACGACACGUCAAGAUAGCACCGAGGGGAUAUGUGGAAACGAGAUGGCAUCAUUUCCGUCGAAUGCUGCUAGAGAUGACGUUGAUGGUCGAGUGUAUUCUCCUAAGAGUGAUGCUAACGUCAAUGAUCCUCCAGGAUUCGGAGGAGCUAGACCAAAAGAAAUAUCACGAAAUUCAACUAGAAGAAAUUGUUCGAGCAAGACAAAGAUGUCUGAACCAAUAUCGACUUAUCAGCACAACGAAAAGGGAGAAAUUGGUUUAAAGCCUGGCUUUUUGGCACGCCAUACCGUAAAGAGUAAUGGAGCAACGUUGGAUUCACCUUCGCAAGACGGUUGGGAUGAGCCCUACUUCUCCGCCAGAGCUUGUGAAAAUAUUACCCAUGGGGACAACCUGCGAUUACCGGGAGAGAGAAUCAACCCGCCUGGCUAUACAUCGAGUUCCAGUAGUCUAGGCUUAUAUGCACAGGCAGCGUUUGCAGCUGGAACCUCUACACGAGGUAAUGCUCAGUCACUUGCCAUCCACCAGAAACCUUCACUUAAUCAAAAGGAAAGUUGGCAUUUUCCACCUCUUGAAGGUCCCAAUGGUGAUCAAGUUUUAUGUGCAAGUCAGCAAAAUGCUUCUCAGUCUGAAAAUUCGUUUAUUUCUAACGUUAAAGCAUUAUUUGGUAGUCUUGGAUCCCGAAGUGCUUACAAUGAGAUGGAUUCCAUGUCGAAUGAAUACCACGACAGCAUGGGGAACGUUGGCAAUAGAAUGGUCAUGUCACCUGCAGUGAGUGAUGGUCAUCAUUCUUCAUCCGAAGAUUCUACGUCUUCUCUUCUCGGAAGUCUUCAACAAACAAUGUCCAAAACCGUCAACCUUAUUGCUUCAAGUAAUGCUGUGGCAAAGCAACCUCAAAAGGAGCCAAAAGAAGCCGUUAAACUUAGUGUACAGGAAGAAGCAAGAGGAAGCAGAGAACAGGAACAAGCCGUAAGAACAGGAGAAGAAGAUUCAAGGAAUCAAGAGGAAUCCACACACGACAAUGAAGAAACCGAGCGCCAGCCCAUACUCACACCAGUACAGGAAACUCCGCGUCCUGUCUGCAGCCACUAUCAGCGCCGGUGCUUGGUCCGUUUUCCCUGCUGUGGGAAGUUCUACCCUUGCCAUCGUUGCCACAACGAGUCGAAAGACUGUAGCAGUGAUCAAGCGAGAGCCACUAAUGCUACUCACAUACGAUGCACUAUCUGCUACCAUGAACAAGUGAUAGACGAAAAAAGCCAAAACUGUGGUGGUUGUAAAUCAAAAAUGUCUGAGUAUUUCUGUGCCACCUGUAAGCAUUUUACUUCAGUCGACAAAAAUCCAUUUCACUGUGAUAAAUGCGGGAUCUGCAGAAUCCACCGAGACAGAUCGUUCCAUUGCGACGUUUGUAACGUGUGCCUGGACAAACGUCUUCAGGGAAAACACAAGUGUAGACCGGACUCUGGACACGAUGAAUGCUGCAUUUGUUUGGAGGAUGCUUUUAGUGGCUGUCAAAUUCUUCCUUGCUCCCACAAAGUUCACAGAGACUGCGCAAUUGCAAUGAUACAAAAUGGCGUCCGUUCAUGUCCAAUUUGCCGCCAUCCGCUGUUUAGUCAACCUCAAAAUAGUCCUCAGUAAAUGGAACAACUCGAUAAUUUUUUUUUUUUUUUUUGAUAAUUUGAA